AUGAGUUAAACUCCACCAUCUGAAGCCCAGAUCUAAACUCUAAAAGAGGAAAUACUUCAACUACAAUUUGAAUUAAGCCAGUACUCCUAUUUACCAUCAUAAUCUAUUAGAUAAAAGUAAGAAGCAGAUGAAAAGGACGAGUUUUACAACAGCGAAAUCGAGGAAAGAGACCAAACCAUUGCAAAACUCAAGGCCGGUUUCUCAGAAUCUGAUUCCAUGAAAUUGAUUAGCCAAUUAUAAGAUUAAUUGAAAUAGUUGAAUUACGAUUAUGAUUAACUUCUGAUGGAGAAAGGAAGUUACUAAAGUGAUACUAAAGAAUCAUAAAACUAAAUAUCAGAUGAGCCAAUUUAAACAAAAGAAAAUGAAAUUAUUACUCUCAAAACGUAGAUACAAAAUGAGAAAGAAUUAACACUCAAAUUGCAACAAUAAAUAAGCACAUUAUAAGCCGAUAUUGAAAAUAUGAUAAAUGAAAAACAAAUGGAACAAGAAGAAGAUAACAAUGAAGAAAUCUAAUAAUUUUAAAAAUAAAUAGACAUGUAUAAGCAGUAAAUCAAUACAUUAGAAUCUGAAAACUAAAAGUUGAAAGCCAUAUAAACUGAAAGUUCAAAUUAUGCUCAUCAAAUAUUUAAAUUAGAAUAAUAGAUCUCUAUUUAAGUUAAUUAAAUUACUCAAUUUGAAAAAUUAAAAAAAUAAUAUGAAGAAUUGAAGGAGGAAUCCUAAAAUUAUGAAGAGACAGAAGAAAAAAUAAAGGAUUUAGAAGAUCAAAAAGAUUUACUCCAAAAAAAAACAAAUUAAUACUUAAAUGAAAUUAAUGAACUAAAAGAAGAAAUUUAAGUUUUAAAAUUGAAACCUUCGACUGUUCUCAUCAACCAAUCGGAUAACGAAGAAAUUUUAAGAGAAAAUGAAUAAUUAAAGUAAUAUUUAAAUGAGAUCGUAGAACUUAAUACAUAAUUGAAGCAUGAUAAUUUCAUCAUCUCCGAAGAAUAUAAAAACCUUAAAGAAUCUAACGAUUAAAUUGUUACUGAAUCUGCUAAGCUACUUGAUGAAAAUCAAUAUGAGAUUGAUUCAUUGAAGGAAUAGCUAAAAGAUCAAUAAUUUUUGGAAGAUACCAUUACUAAUUAUAAAUAAGCUCAAGAAAUCUACAAGUAAAAAAUAUAAGUCAUGGAAAAAGAAAAAAAUGACUUGCAAGAAACAUUAAACUAAGAAAAAUAAAAAUAUGAAAAUGCAUUUAAUUAAGUUAAAGAAUUAUUGUAAAAGAAUGAGUUUGAUCAAUAAAAGUUAAUUAAAUGUGAAUAAAACGAGCAAGAUUUGAGGGAUUAAAUUCAAUAAUUAAAUGUUUAAUUAGAAUAAAUCCAAUUCUAAAAUUAAAAAACCACAUUCAAUGAGAAUAAUGCUUAAUAGUUACUUAAUGAAAAUAACCAAUUAAAACAAGAAAUCCAUUAAUUACAGGUAGCAAGUCAAAGAGAGGCAUUUUAGAAGAAAGAUGAAUUUGCUUAAAUAAAAGAAUAAUUGUAAGAAUGGGAGAACCUUACUUAACUUGUCUCUGGAAACCUAAAUGCAAUUAAUUCAAAGGAUGUUAAAGUUUAAUAAUUAAUCAACUGUUUCUUGAAUUAUUAAGAGACAAAUUUGUCCCAUUAAAAUCAAAUAGAAAUCUUGCAAAAUGAACUAAAACAACAUAAAUUAGAAUUGAAUAAAUCAAACUCUGAAAAAUUAAACCUAGAAGAAUAGUUGGUUUUACAGAAAGCUUCAGAAGAAUAAUUAAAAUAAAAAACUGUCAGAAAAUCAAUAUACCACAAUUAAAUUCAGAGUAGCGAUGAUUUAAAAUAAUAGUAUGAAAUCUUGCAGUCAAAGUAUGAUAGUUUGCUUCUGAUGAAACAGAGAUAAGAACAAAGCGAAAAAAAAAAAAUAUUAGAGAAAGAACAAAUAAUUUAAUUGGAACUUGAAAAUUCAUCUCUUAAAGAACAAAUAUAGUAAAUUACCACCUAAAAAGAAAAGAUAAGAAGCAAAAGAGAAUCUUUAGCAUAAAACAUUAAAAAUGUUAAUGAUACUAUUAUAGAAGAUUUCAAUAAAAAAAUUUAAGAGUAAAAUUAACUUAUUGAAUAAUAUGAAUAGAAAAUUAGGGAUCUAGAUCAAUAAUUAAAAUAAUAAUAAUUUAUUCAGGUAGAUCAAUAGGAAGAUUGUGAAUAGUUAGAAACAGUAGAAGAAGAAAACCAUAUUCCUCUAAUUAGAUAAUUUGAUGAAUCUGAAUACACUGAACAAAUUUAGUUAAAAGAAUAAAAUGAAUUGCUUUGGAAAUAAAUUAACGAAUUAAAAUAGUCAUAAAACAAUGAUGAGCUGAAAUAAUUACGUGCCUAAAAUGCAUUAUUAAAAUAGGAAUUAUAAUAAUACAAAUAAAAUAUUUAACAAAUGUCAAAUAUUGAAGGGUAAUUUUAACAAUAUAGUCCGUUGAAUAUUCUUAAAGUGCAGUCGUUUUUAAAAUAAAAGGACAACAAAAAGCCUAAAGAUAAAAUUAAGAAAUAAUAAUUAGUUUUAGAGAAUGAAAGCAAUCCUGUUUCAAAAAAAAAAGAAAUAAUUAUGUAAAAGUUGAUUUAGGAAUAAAAUUAAAAGAUUAAUAAAAUAUAGGAUAAUUAUGAAUAAUUAAUGAUAUUAUUAAAAAAUAUCAUUUUAGACAUUAAGCAAAAAUAAAAUCAAUUAAAAAUUGAAGAAUUAACAAAAAAGUCAUAAGUCUUACAAUAUUUAAGCAAAUUAAGGCAAUCUACUGAAAUAAUACUCAACAAAUUAGUGCUAGUUUAAAAUAAAAAUGAAAUAUACAAGUAAUAAUACUAAUAGUAGCAACAAUAAAUUUAAGAUUCUGAAGAUCUUAUUUGA